AAGAAUUUGACGUAAACUUUAAUACUUUAAAAAUAUUUAAAAAUUAAAAUAUUAUCCAAAAAUUACUCUUUUUUUUUUUUUUUUUUUUCUAAAUUUUCAUAUCUUUAAUAGUUUUCUUCGAACCCGAACCUAUCUUUAAUUUCGUAAUUACUGUAUUAUUUUCCUUUGGUUUUGACAAUGUUUUGUUGUUUUUCUGGAAACUUGACCUGCCGGAGACAGCAGGAAGGCAUGGCUAGGAGCAUCAUAUACAUCACUGGCUCUGAGCUUCUCUCUCUCAAACGCCGUCCAAACAUCGCCAUCGUUGAUGUCAGGGAUGAUGAGAGGAGCUAUGAUGGACAUAUAGCUGGCUCCCUUCACUUUGCUAGUGAUACUUUUCUUGACAAAAUACCCACUCUUAUUCAAGCUGCUAAUGGCAAAGAUACCCUUGUUUUUUAUUGUGCUCUUAGCCAGGUUCGAGGACCAAAGUGUGCAAGGACGCUUGCAGAAUAUCUAGCUGAAUCGAAAGAUGAUGUGGGAAUAAAAAACAUAAUGAUAUUGCAGCGCGGUUUUAAUGGAUGGGAGGCCUCUGGUAGACCAGUUUGUCGUUGCACUGAGGUCUUCUGCAAGGGUCACACUGAACCGGCGUAAGCAAUAAAAAAGGUAGAUAAACAAACCAUGCCAAAGAAGAGGAGGGAUAUAUUGUACCCUUAUAUAUAGUUCGACUGAUUGUUAUAUUGUCCAUCUAUAAUAAAGGACAUGGAGUUGUGAUCUGAGAAGCACAAGUGGCUGUUUGGCUGCUGAUACAUGUAUUGCUCAUCAUUUUGAAAAGAAACCAAACGAUGUUAUCUUCAUUUAUAUGUCAUCUUGAAUUACUAUGUUGGCAUAAUUUGAAUUUUCUUGCUCAAA